CUUUCUAGAAGCUAACCCAAGCUUCCCGAAAAUGGAAUCACGGCAUUCUUAUUUCUUGUACAACAACCUUUAUUGAUCAAUAACUCUCUCUCUCUACACACCUCAUCUGAAACCUCAAAAAUGGCAUGGUACAGAAGAUCAAAGCUAGGGUUCGACACAAUCUGUCGUUACUUCACUGCCCCCAAACCCCCAAUCAAUCAAUUAAGUAAGUUGACAUCUGCUUCAAACAAUCCAAUUAGGUUUCCGAAAACUUCACCCACCGGUUAUAGAUAUUAUUACGUUGAUUCGCGACAGGUUAGGCAUUUUAAACCUAGAGGAUUCAAACGGUGGAUUGAUAACCCUAGGAAUGCCUUGAUAGUUGUGUUAGUGGGAUCAGGAAUUGGAGUAACUAUGUAUUUUGGAAAUGUUGAGACAAUACCCUAUACAAAACGUAGGCAUCUUGUUUUGUUGUCCAAAAAUAUGGAGAGAACCAUUGGGGAGUCUCAGUUUCAGAACAUGAAGGCGGGGUUCAAGGGGAAGAUAUUACCGGCGAUGCAUCCCGAAAGCGUUAGGGUUAGGAUGAUCUCCAAGGAUAUAAUUGAGGCAUUGCAGAGAGGGUUGAAGAAGGAGCAAGUGUGGACGGAUUUGAGUUAUGGGUCCGAAAGUGGAAGUGCGUCUGAGACUCGAGGGAAGGAGAUGUUAAUGGCGAUGACAGAGGAGACGGCUGGGGAUAAGUGGGAGGGGAAAGAUGAGGUGCUUAAUGAUAUGUGGGUGGAUGAAAGCAGGAAAAAGGGGAAGGACAAAGGGGUGAAGUCCGCUACUGCGCAUUUGGAAGGGUUGAAGUGGGAGGUUUUGGUGGUCAAUGAUCAUGUUGUCAAUGCGUUUUGUUUGCCUGGUGGGAAGAUUGUGGUGUUUACCGGGUUGUUGGAGCAUUUUAGAACUGAUGAAGAGAUUGCCACCAUUAUUGGUCAUGAGGUUGCACAUGCCGUGGCAAGACAUGCAGCAGAGCAGAUUACAAAGAACCUCUGGUUUACCAUCGGGCAGCUAAUUUUGUAUCAAUUUGUUAUGCCAGAUCUGGUCAACACAAUGUCAAAUCUUCUGCUUAAGCUUCCUUUCUCCCGAAGGAUGGAGAUUGAAGCAGACUACAUAGGGCUGCUAUUGAUGGCGUCAGCUGGGUACGAUCCACGGGUCGCUCCAAAGGUAUUUGAGAAAUUGGGACAAGUAUCGGGUGAUUCUGCUUUGCGAGACUACCUUUCUACACAUCCAUCUGGAAAGAGAAGAAGUAAACUGCUAUCUGAAGCUAGUGUGAUGCAAGAAGCGAUCUCUAUAUACCGAGAGGCCAUAGCCGGACGAGAGGUUGAUGGUUUUUUCCUUUAACUAUCAACCUAGUUUGUAUGAUAAUAUUUACUGAUGCAGUUGUUCAAAUGAUGUUGGAAGAUGGAUGGUUUUUUACAUACAUAAUGUGUCCAAUAGUUGGAAAUAUGAAAGUGUAAUUUCCAACUUCUGUACGGACGGAUGAAAUUGCUCGUGAAGUUUUUUUUUUUUUUUUUUUUGUAAAUUGAAAAGGAUGGGUCGCGGCAACAAGGUGUAAAAGCGCGUGACGCCUAAUUGAAAUUGUAAUCCAGGGUUUAGAAUGAUUCCAUCAUGUUUUAUCUCAAAUUUGAUUAUGGGUA